GAUUGACCCUACUUGCCAUUCUAUAAACUCUCCCUUGUGUUCUUCACUUUCUACAUUGCCUUUCUUGCACAAAAAAAAUCAUUCUCUCCACUCACAAACAAAAAAUAUGUGCCACUCCAAGUUUUCUAAGCCUGAUCAUAUCAAUGGCCGUCCGGUUCUUCAGCCUAAAUCAAACCAAGUUCCUGUCUUGGAACGGCGUAGUUCGCUUAAGAAAGUCUCUCCACGGUCUCCUACUUUGUCACCUAAAUCUUCACCAAUUAGUACUGCUAGUACUAGGCCUUCAUUGUCCCCUCCUAUCUCUCCUAAGCUAAAAUCACCAAAAUCAUCACCAUUGCUUAAAACAAGAAACAAUGACAAGGCCCUGAACUUGACUACUGAAUUGUCCCCGGUGAAGAAGGCGAAGAAAGCCGGUGCUAACAACAAUUCAGUGAAAGUUGAGGCUCCAGGAAGCAUUGCAGCAAAAAGAAGAGAACAAGUUGCCACAAUGCAGGAACAGAGAAAAUUGAGAAUUGCUCAUUAUGGAAGGACUAAAUCUGCCAAGUUAGAAAAGAAGGUGGUUCCGAUUGAUUCUUCAUCGUCUACUAGUACUAUUACUCAAGAAGAAAACAGAUGUGGAUAUAUGACAUCUAAUUCAGAUCCUGUUUAUGUUGCUUACCAUGAUGAAGAAUGGGGUGUUCCUGUCCAUGAUGAUAUGAUGUUGUUUGAACUGUUAGUGUUAACUGCUGCACAACUUGGAUCAGAUUGGACUUCAGCCUUGAAAAAGCGCCAAUCUUUCAGGGAGGCCUUUUCUGGGUUUGAUGCGGAAGUUGUUGCCAAAUUCACAGAAAAGAAAAUCACAUCAAUUAGUGCUGAUUACAGCAUUGAUUUAAGCCUAAUCAGAGGAAUUGUUGACAACUCAAAAGGCGUCCUCCAAGUUAAGAAGGAAUUUGGGUCAUUUGACAAGUACUUGUGGAGGUUUGUGAGUCACAAGCCUAUUUGUACCCAAUACAGAUCAUGCCACAAAGUCCCUUUUAAGACCUCAAAGUCAGAAACCAUAAGCAAGGACAUGGUGAAGAGAGGGUUUAGGUUUGUGGGACCAACUAUUGUUUAUUCAUUCAUGCAAGCUGCUGGUCUCACAAAUGACCACUUGAUCACUUGUCCUCAACACAUCCAAUGCACUUCCAGGGCAAUCUCAACAUCCUAGUGUAGAAACGGCUUUAUAGAAUCACAAGCAACCACAGGUCCAUGUAUGGCACAAGAAAUGUUUAUAAGGCAUAUACGAGAGUUUUUUUUAUGGUAGUAGUGAUGGGUUCAGGGAAAGUAAAGAAAGGAAGUGUUGAAAUUGUGUAUACCACUAUGUUCAUUUAUGUUAAAUGUAAGUGCAUGAUUUCAGUUUUUCUA